CUGGUUUUUAUGAAAUCUGAAUUCAGUUUUGUCUGAGUGUUUUCUGUCUUGAGAGUUGUAUCCGACGUCAAGGUAGUGCUCCAGCUGUCCCUUGUCCCAGGUGUUGAUCGUCUCCAUGGGUCCGGGUGAUGCUCCGGCUGUAGCUCGACCCUGCCGAGAUAUUUAUCUCUUCGUCCAUCCUCCUGGCUGCUUUCAACCCCACAACUGUCGACAGCCUUCCAGCCUACCACGGUUCACCAGACUUCCUCCCUACAGCUCCCUACAGUCUGCAGCCCCCGCUGCCCCUCUCCGGCAUCAACAAAAGCUUUCUGACCACCUCUACCUGCUGCUCAUCUCCCUCCUCCAGUGGGUCUCACCUCCUGCAGGCUGCAGCCGCCGCUGCCCCUCUCCCGCAUCAACAGCAGCCUUCCGGCCACCUCUACGUGCUGCUUAUCUCCCUCCUCGAGCAGGUCGCGUCUUCUUCCUGCAGCUUCCUUGCAGGCCCCAACCACCGUUGCUCUUCCAAGCUCCCUCCAACUGCAGUUCGACGCCCCUACCAUCGUUGAUUUAUUGCCCUUCCCUUCAACAGCAGCAAGACGCCUCUCCGGCCUUCACCACAGUCACCUACCUUGCACCAGCACCCGAGCUCCCUCCUCAUCAAGCUUGUUGCAUCAUCUUUUGUCAAGCCUUUAUUUGUAAUCCUUUGUUUUCAUUUUUGCUUUGUGUGUUGUCCUUCUUUCUUUGAGUCCUCAUUGUAUCCUCGUCUAAUUUAGUGAUAAAAUUUGUCAUCUUGCAUCAUGUUUUAGCCUAAA